AUGUUCUACACAUCGAACUGCCCCUCUACUUUGACUCCAAUCUCUGGACACACCCUACAUGCUCAGAAAAUAUACGCUCAGUUGUUCCACACAUCGAACCGCCCCUUCACCUUGACUUCAACCUAUGGACACACGUACGCCGACGGCUAUCAACUUGAAGACGUGUUCGAAGCGUUCAACGCGUUCAAAUACGCGUAUUUCCUUCUCCGAACAAAUCCAUCGGCUUUCGUGUCAUCAGCGGACUGUGUGGUCAUGUGCUUUGCAGAGUCUAAGACACGGAGCGGUCGAGGUUACUCCGCAUGGGACACCGCCACGGUCAUCAAGGUCGACAUCGACGCCACAUCAUUACUUCAGAGGGCUGUCGAGUCUGAACGCACACGCCAAUACGACGAAGAUGCGUCCCCGGAGUUUUCUCCAGCCCUCACACCUACGCGAACAUCGAACGGUAUCACUGUUAUAAAAGAUACCGCCUCUACGCUCUCGGAGGUUUCCAAGCGCCUUGCAUCCUCCGUUCAUCCACCAUCCCCCGCCACACACAACAAUCCGGUUACCGAGAACCUUUACCAGAAAAGCAAGGAAGAAUCUCGACAAGAGGGCCAAAGAGAAGAAGAAGAAGACGUCGACCAGGCCUGCCGAUAUCUUGAAAGGGAGGAAGAUUCGCCGAGGGACAGCCAACAACUACGCUAA